AUGUUCCUGCCACGCGCUUAUCUGGAAUUUCCUGAUGCCUCUGGUUGCUACGGUGGAGAGAACAGGACUAUCAAGUUCUGCUUUCGCGAACCAGAUGGAACGCUGACCGAUGAAGACUUUCCUGAUGGUGUAUUUGGAUAUCUGCACGAACUUGACCUUGGUCCACUGCAAGCGAUAGUCAUACGGCAAAAAGUGUGUUCUCUCUGCCACCUGGUCGCCACAAUGUUCAAGGAGUCUUACGAACGAGAAAUCUCGAACCUGCCAGCUGUCUUGGGUGACGUGGGCCCCUGCGAGGUCUUUCUAUGUCAGUCAGCCUUCGGAACCAUAGAGGAUAGAGAUCAAAACUUGCCAUACGAAUUCGAAGAUGGCGAAGGCUGGGAGAUAGAUCGCAUGGACUUUUUUUGCUCGUUCAAAGUCAAAAUGGAGAACCGCGUGGCUUUCCUAGCUGCGCCAAUUUCGAUUUCUCUCAGCGAGCCAACUUUACUGGCUAGAUAUCGUCCUGCACGAUGCGAUAUUGCGCUAUUCAAUUCAUGGCUCCAGAUUUGUACCACCAGUCACCUACAAUGCUGUCGAAAGCCAGGUAAUGCCACAAUGCCUUUGCGACUGAUCGAUGUUCUGAACAUGUGUUUGGUUAGUAUCACCGGUCGAGAAAGGGCAGAAAUAGAGUAUCUUGAUCUAAGCUAUGUUUGGGGCGGAGGGCCGAAGAGAUUCGUCUUGACAACAGAAAACAUUGAAGGAUACUGUCAGCCUCACGGGAUUCCAACUCUACCAAAAACCAUAUCAGAUGCUGUCACGUUGACGAAGAAGAUGGGAAAGAGAUAUCUAUGGGUCGACAGCCUCUGCAUCGUCUCGAAUGAUCCAGAAGACAAAGCAAGUCAGAUACCUGCAAUGACGUCGGUAUAUGGCAACGCUAUGCUUACAAUCAUCGCCGCAGCAGGCGAGGAUGCCAACCAUGGACUACCUGGACUUGAUUCGUUUCGACCAGGCUAUGAGAUGCUAUAA